AUGAGUGAAACUAAAGAGCCUAAAGAUGUUGAGUAUAUUGAAUUUGAAUUGAAUGAACCUGUAAAUCUUAAUGAUUUGGAUGAGAAUGAAGACGCUAUUGAAUUGAUUAACAAUAGAUUGAAGGUGUUUCCUGAUGUAUCCCGUUUCCAUAAUUUAGCAUAUUUAUCACUGCGUCAAAAUUUACUUGUGGAAAUUCCUGAAUUAGAUAUACCAAAUUUGGAGACUCUUGAUUUAUAUGAUAAUCAAAUAACUGCUAUAAAAGGAUUGGAUAAAUUGACAAAACUUCGUGUUUUAGACUUAAGUCAAAAUAGAAUAACUAAGAUUGAAGGUCUUCAAAAUUUGGUUAAUCUGGAGGAUUUGUCUUUGACUUAUAAUAAAAUUAAAAAAAUUGAGGGUUUGGAAAACAAUUUAAAACUUGCUCAACUAGAGUUAGGUUGCAAUAAAAUAUCAAAAAUUGAAAAUAUUUCUCACUUGGAACAUAUGAAAAAACUUCAUCUUGGAAAGAAUAAGAUUAAAGUAAUGGAGGGAUUUGAAACGAUGAAGGAGUUGGAAAUUUUGGGUCUUGCUGCCAAUCGUAUAACAAAAAUUGAAAAUUUAUGUACAUUAAGUAAUUUACGAGAACUUCACAUUUCGGAACAAGGAAUUAAGUCAUUAGAAGGUUUGGAAAAUGUUGUUUCUAUUGAAUUAUUAGACCUGUCUAAAAAUAUGAUUUCAAAGAUAACUAAUAUUGAAUUAUUGACAAAUUUGACAGACCUUUAUCUUAAUGACAAUGAAAUUGAAGAUAUUCAAUCACUAAAUAACCUUGGAAAACUUAAGAAAUUAGAUACUUUGUAUCUUGAGAGAAAUCCUAUUCAAACUAAUGAUCCCGCUAACUAUCGAAGAAAAGUGAUAAUUUCAAUUCCUUCACUUUCUCAAUUGGAUGCCACAGCUUGUCGCGUUUAA